AUCAUGAUGAAACUGUGUUAGGUUCUCUGUAAGAACUGAUCUAUAUUUGCAAUUUUUCAUACUAUCAGCAUCAGCAGCAGCUGCUGCUGUAGCAGUACAGCUAUUGUCACGUUCUUGCUGAUUUCCUCUCUAUAUUAUUCUACUGGCAUGCCGCGUGCAGUUGGCCCGUUGGUACAGCCGAUGGCAACAGCGGCUGUAAACACGGCUAGAGGCUACCGCCACUGUGUGAAGCAAUUUUUGCGUCCGUAAAGACACUAAUACUAUGCCCCUGCUGCAACAGCGGUUGCUGCCUUUGAUGACGUUAUGAAAGAAGAAGUUACCUUAAGUUUUUUCGUAAUGUUACAAUUUCGUGUACUGCUACCGUGGCCGCUGCUGAUGCUUCUGACAAACUCAACUCGUUAAAGGGUGUUACCAACUGAGCCUCGUCUGGCUUCCAUUAUAUUCCAUUAUACUGCUCUUCAACCGGACUGACUACACGGUGCUUAUUCGACGAUUACAAGGAAUGGUGCGUUAGACGGGUGGUCACUUGUGCGUUUGUUAUGUUGGGCGUCUGUCCAGGGACGUUCUCAGUGUACCAUUGCUGAGACAUUCGGUGGCACGGAACAGCUACAAAUACAUAAAUCAAAUGGAUAACUUCACACAGUCGCUCAUCAUCUGGCUGAGGGCAUCCUUUGAUAUUCCGGUACCACAUUCUUCGCCGGAGGAACUCUCUGAUGGGACGGCGUUAGCCUACGUUCUCCACCAGAUAGACGGAGAAUUUUUCGAUGCGCAAUGGCUGAACAAAUUGAAGACAGACUGCGGCGACAAUUGGAGAUUGAAGGUGUCAAAUGUAAAGAAAGUAAUCGGCCGCGUAGUGGAUUAUCUGGGAGACGUGUCGUGUAUAUCGCUCAUUCUCAACGAGGGCGAACUGGCCCAAUCAGUAGGCGAGCGUGGCCGCGACGUGGGUCGUCUGCUGCAACUAGUGCUGGCUGCAGCGGUAAACUGCCCAUCGAAGGAGGGCUAUAUUCAAAGGAUUAUGGCCCUUGAGGAAGAAGUGCAACAUGUUGUCAUGAAAGCUAUACAAGAAGUGAGAACGCUUACAAACUUCUUCAGCGUUCGGAAUGCUGCUCUUUACCUUAUGGCGUCGAUGCAUUCGCUGCCGCAACCGGCCUUAGAUGCGGCCUCUGCUAGCGGUAUCAUAACGGGGCUGUCUGGGCCGGACGUUGUUAGACGACUCGAGGAAAGGCUCGUUCAGGAAGAAAGAGCAAGAGAACGACUUGAACAGCGUCUUCAUGAAAUCGAAGGAAUUUUACAAACAGAACGACAGGAGAAGAUGCUGCUUGUAGAUGAGCUACGUGAAGUUCAAGAUAAAAUGGCAAGCGAAGAGGCUCCUCAAUCGAUCGGUGCGAAGGUAAAGGCUCAACGCGACCAGCAGAGCAAAUUGGAGAGCGAGCUUUUUAAAAUGGAGAUGCAAAAAGAAGAGUUUCGCUCUAAACUCGAGGAAGCUCAGUCGUUGGCUCGAGAUUUAACGGCUCGUAAUGAAGAGUUGGCCCGAGAUAGGGAACAGCUAGCAGCGCUGAAGGAUGAGCUUGAUGUUUUAAGGCACACAAAUGAGCAGGUCGGUCGGUACGAAGCUUCGUUAGAAAUGUACCGAAAAAAAAUGGAGGAAAUGAGCGAUUUAAAAAAGCAGCUCAAACUUCUUGAGGCGAAGAACGCUGACUACUUACAAGCCAACGUUCGUCUAGAAGAGGAACUGUCUCGGACGGCCACGUUGAAAACACAGAUCGAAGUAUAUAAGAAAGAGACCCACUCUCUUCACGAACGGCUUACAGAAGAGACGGAGCGCGCGGAUCGGGCAGAGUUUGAAAAAAGACGCUUCGAAGAGAAACUUACAGCGCUGACUGCCGAAAAGGAUCGGGUUCUGAUUGAGAGGGACACGCUUAGGGAAAGCAUCGAGGAACUUAAAUUGAACAAGCAGAGUUCCACGGACGGCGUUGGCGCUAAAAUGAUCCCAGGUAGUAGUGACUUUCUAGAAGAUUCGCCAGCACUUCUCAAGGAGAAGUUGCUUAGAUUACAGGCCGAGAAUGAAACGCUCAGAAAACGGUCACUUACGAGUGCCGACGGUGAUGCGUAUAAAGAACUUCACGAUGACUUGAAGAAGCUUCAAGAAGAAACGGAACAGAAACUUCGAGCGGCGAACAUGAAGAUUCUGGAGCUCGAAUCUCACAGCGCAGACAACUCAAUCGUUCGUGACCUUAACGAUAAGGUGGAGAAGUUAACACGUGAAUUGGAGGAACGGAAGCAGGAGUUGAUUCAGUCAGAAGAGAAGUACGACCGCUGUAUCGCUAAGGCUCGAACGGUGCUCGCAAAUCUCAAUGACGGUAGUAGCGAAGCUGCACUGAGGCACGAAAUUUCGGAAAAGGAUCAGCUCAUCUCGAAGCUUGAACGGGAUGUGGCGCAAAUGAGAAGCCAAUAUGACUCUCAGUUGAUCUUCCUUUUACAGGAGCGGUUAAUAAUGACGGCUCUGCACAACUUUGGGGCGCACGAACAGCGUCGUGCUGCAGAGCAGCGCUUGGCUAGUGGAAGCUUCUUGAAUAAACAGCGUCAAAGUACCGCUAGGAAACACAAUCUAAGUGGAGUGCAGUCGAGCGAGUUCUUCAACUGAUCUGUGUUCUCUGCCGACAUUUUCAUCUGCAGAACCAGUUGACUUUCUAGUUUUGGUCAUAUGUGCUUACGGCUUACUAAUGUGUAUCAUCGUCCGGCGGAGCACUCUAUGUCUCUAUGUAGACAUCCCGAAAAUAGAGAUAUUUACUUGCACCAGAGGAAGAAAACGUAGAAAACCAUGUAGGACUAGUUUAUAUUGGCUGUGCCCGUCUGUCCUGUGGCCUUUGAAGAAUUUUAUAUUUACAAACAUAGAGCUCUUCGCAAUCGACGCAGGGUUGGACGCAAACGAUUUAGAAUAAAGCAUGCACAAGAGAAGGGACGAAAUAUGAGUUGGAUUGGCCUUGUGACACUGUUUUUGGUGAAACUUCAAGAGACGUCUAUGGGUGAUGUUCAAACAAGAUAAUGCACGCAUAAAAGACUGGAUUAUACAUUUUCUCUCAGAUUGUCAUUCGCACCGAUGGACAGUAUUUCACUAUAUAUGUCGCGUGUGGAAGGUUCCGUUCUUGUUCGAGUACCGUCGAAACGUGGAUGGCAGUACCUCUAGCGGCCCAGCCAAGAGCAGACGCUUGGGCGACAAAUUGUGAAAUUAAAUUUGUUUAUGAGAUAAUAAUGAAAGGGCAACGAAAACUAUGAAUAUAAUCGUAGAAGUCGCCGAGUUAUACUGGAUAACUUUUAUGAAUGCUAUUUUUUUUAUUAAACUACUUUGAGAAACAUGUAGUUACUCUUAGCUAUUAAGCGCCUGAUGGAAAACGCUUAGAGAGAUGUAAAGUCACAAUUGAGAAGUAUUGCUGUAGCUCUAUCGAAGGGAACAAAAAUAAUACAAGCAUACUCGUUGACCCUUUGAUUAACUUUGUUAAUUAUUGACGUAUUCGUACGGAAUUUCGAGAUAGAUUUGGCAAUUCUCUAGGACAGGGAUCAUUUAAAUCCAAAGCAGUUCUUCCCUUCUUGUAAACAUUUUUGAUUACUUAGAAGCCUUAAAACCAUUCGAGGUAGACGGAAAUUGGCACGAAACUCUGAAAGCGCCAGAAAACGGUGAGCUCCGCAAUUAAAAACGAUUUGCCAUCCUAUUUCAAUUAUCAAAUUAAGUAUGCCAAAAAAGUAUGCAAUACAAAGCCUAUGUAAGUUUCCUUAUUAUAUUUAGUUUUUCCAUUAAAUCAAGUUAGACUGUUAUCCACAUUUAUAUACUCGCCUAAAGACCGGAUCGUUCCUUUACACGAUUUUAAAAACCAACUAUUAGUCUUGGAUCUGCCGUCAUAGUUUAGAGCUGUAUCCUAAGUGACCUAUGCACAAUAAGGGUUAAACCAUCGGUGCCAAUCUGCGCGAUCUCUAUAACUUUCUCUCUACACUAAAAAAGUUAAGUGAACUUCCGAGAAUGAAAUAAUCCAACAUGUGUCAAUUGUUCUGCUAUUCUGUCAUUGACUACAUCUGCACGCGAUUACAGCAUGAUACUAUGUAUACUAUUAUACAGUGUGAGUGGAGUAUUUCAGGGAUAUGUCACCAGCUUUACCAGAAUGUUUUUAACUAGGAUAUAGAAAAAUGUGGAUUUGUUGUUAUCGUGGAACCAGAUAUAGCUGUCUCGUCGCCACGCAUAGAGUCCUUCAACUAAUCGUUAAAUUUUUAGUAUAUGUCAAAAACAAGGAGCACCUGAUAAUACGGUUGUCUCAACUGCACUAUACUUGCUUCUAUACAACUUACAUUCAGCAAACGAAAUUGCGAAAAAGGGUUUAUUACGAGCGGAAUAUUAGGCGUAAUCAUAUGUCCAUUUGACAAAUUUUGUAGUUUUAUAUAAUCUUUGGCUAACUAAUUCCACGAAUUAUGGACAGUAAGACCUGAUUUGCCUCAAACGAAUAGAUCUGCUCAUUGUGCACCCACUAUUUUCCUUCAAGAAAUAAUGUUAGUACAUAGUACUGUUGUUACCAUAAUUAUUUUUCAAAACAACCACGAGUGUAUCAAAUGAUGGAAGUUCCACUAAUGAGAAAUAAAAUUUUGCUUGUUAGACGUGGGGCCGGUUUAUAGAGUGCGGUUUGUUGAUAAUAACUGAUCCACUCCGAUCGCAUGGUACAUAAAACGUUGUUUGUUAAAGGUAAUAUUUUUCUUCUCACAGUAUUCAUCCUUUACUUUGUUCAGUUAAUAAUUCAUAAUAUAACAUUAUAUUAUAAUACAAGAUUUAUACGGAUGUACUAUUUCACAUAUAUAUAUAUAUAUAUAUAUAUAUAUAUAUGAAAAGCAUAGUGAGCAGAAUGGUCUACAUAUAAUAGAAAGAAGUAUAUAAAAAAAUAAUAUCGCAACCAAAG